AUGGCGCGGGAGAGCGAGAUGCAGGAGUUCACCCGCAGCUUUUUCCGAGGCCGUCCGGACCUCAGCACGCUCACGCACUCCAUCGUGCGGCGGCGGUUCUUGGCUCACACCGGCCGCGGCCACCUGGAUCCCAAGGAGAAGCAGGCACUGAAACGGCUAGUGGAGGAGGAACUGCUGAGGAUGCAGGUGGAUGAAGCGAGUGUCAAAGAAGGGCUACACCUUGCCAAGAAGGCAAAGAGGCCUCCCACCCCUCGCAGUGACCCACAGAGAAAAAGGUUCGGUUUGAAUUUGGAGUCAGAGCCCAGCGCUGCAGCCUCCAGUCCAGACUGCUUCAGCCAGACAGCAAAGAAUGGGAGGGCAGCAGUCAUCAGUCUGUCGGUGGAGGGUCCAAAGCGAGACUCAAAAAAAGCAGUUGAGAGCAGCGAUGAGGAAGAACAGCAGAGGGACCUUACUGCAAAGGUUGCAUUAGAGAAGGAAGAAGUGAAGGAGAGCUUUGAGGAGGAGGAGAACUCUGCUAGGACAAGUAAGGUUUGGAAAGAGAGCAGUGAGGAAGAGGAGGAUGAGGAACAGGAGUCCAAAGGCAGGACUAGGAAGAAACCUGUGCCAAGAGACCAGACCCAGUGGAAGGGUGGUAAAAGGCAGAGUGGAAGCAGUGAGGACGACAGGGAAGACAGCAGGAAGAGGUUGAAAGCAACUACUGAAGGCAUGGGAAAGUCAGCCAAAAUGGAAAAUGGAAAGACAGCCAAUGGUGAGGCAAGUGACUCUGAGAGGGAGGUGAGUGACAGUGAGGCGGUGGGGACCCCCGAGGGGGAGAAGAACCGCUCUUACAGGAAGAGCUCCAAGAAAAGCAGGACACGAAGCUCUUCCUCCUCUUCUGCAAAUGGCAGCCCGGAACCCAAAGGCUUCCUGCCUGUGAGGAUGACCAUGCGGUGGGAGGCCACAAUUAAGAACAAGCAGGCACCAGGCAAGGUUUCAGCCAGUAAGAAGCAGGCAAUGGAGGAGAGAGAGGACAGUGAGGAGGAACCUGCCCAGAGAACAGAAAACAAAGGAGCUAAAAGACACCAGGAAAAUGAAAAGGAAAGUGAGGGGGAAGAGACCCUAGCCAAGAAAGAGAAGAGAGAGAAAAAGGAUUGGAAACCCACAGCUCCACAAAAUGGAGGGAAAAAGUCGGCCUGGGAGGAGGGGAGCAGUAAGCAGAAAAGCAGGGCAGCAAAAGUGUUGGGAGACGUGGGGUACAGAGAGGUAGAAAAAGAAAAAGCAGCAGCAGGCAGUGGAGAUAACAGUGGGGGAGAGGAAGAGCCCCUAGUGCAGAGGAAGAGUAAGGACAGGACACAGUGGAAUGGUGACAAAAGGCAGAGUGGAAGCAGUGAGGAGGACAAAGAAGACAGCUGGAGGAAGUUGAAAGCAGCUACUAAAGGCAUGGGAAAGACAGCCAGAGUUGAAAGUAGACAGACAGUCAAUGGUGAGGCAAGUGACUCUGAGAGGGAGGUGAGUGACAGUGAGGCAGGGGGGACCCCCAAGGGGGAGAGGAAGAACCGCCCUUACAGGAAGAGCUCCAAGAAAAGCAGGACACGAAGCUCUUCUUCCUCUUCUGCGAAUGGCAGUCCGGAACCCAAAGGCAGGAAGGCUGGUCAUCGUGAUGAGGACCACCCUGCUGUGAUGAGACUAAAGCGCUACAUCCGGGCCUGUGGUGCCUAUCGCAACUACAAGAAGCUGCUGGGCUCCUGCCGCUCACGCAAGGAGCGCCUGUGUGUCCUCCGGGCAGAGCUGGAAGCUCUGGGCAUGAAGGGUAACCCUUCUUUAGAGAAGUGUCGGGCUCUGAAGGAGCAGCGUGAGGAGGCAGCCGAAGUGGCUUCCUUGGACGUUACUAACAUUAUCAGCUAUUCAGGUCGGCCACGCAGACGCACAGCUUGGAACCCUUCAGAAGCAGCCACCCCUGGGGAGCUAUACCGACGGACCCUGGACUCAGAGGAAGAGUGGCACCGUCCCCCACGCCCAGACUGGUCACAUAUGCGUGGCAUCAUUAGCAGUGAUGGCGAGAGUAACUGAGCUCCCCCAUCUACCAGGAGGGACUUUACACACUUGUAGAAAGCACAUAUAUAUAGCACCCCCCCAAUCAACCCCAACUCUGUGCCUGCAGAGCAGAAACAGUUUUCUUCAAAUACUUGAACCCCCCAGGGAAACAGUUGUUGGGAUACUACUUCUCAGCUUCACCUUCUCAGUUUAAAGUUCUUAUAGUGGUUUUUUUUUAAGACUCAAUAAAGGAAUGUUUGAAUCACCUCAUCAAAACUAGCCCCCCACUC